CUCUCUCCCUCCCUCCCUGCUUUCUUCGAGAGCGACGAGCCUUCUUUCCUUUCGUUUUUCCUUCCGCUCUUCCCUCUUGCCCGGCUGCCUUGCUCUUCUCCCUCCUCUUUUCGACCCAUUGGAGGCGGAGUGUGCCUGACAACACGGUAUAAAAGAUGCCAGGUCCACGCAGGACUUGCGGCAUCCACGCCGCGCUGUCCAAGAGACAUCAACCAUGGAGGUCCACCACAGGCCCCGAGCUGAGCUCCGACAGAUGCGCUGCCUGGUGGCACUCUGCCUCUUCGUCUCCUUGCUGCUCAGCUUGCCUGUCCUCUACCUUCUCAAACGGAGUGCGGGACAGAACCUGGAUGGAGAGGUGCCAACUGGAAAGAUGCCAGAAGCGCAAAGGCUGGGCGCUCAUGAUCGCAACUGCAGCAAUUGUACCUCCAGAAAGAAAGCGAGGGCCCACCUGGCUGUGGCUUAUGAACAAUCCAAGUGCACAUCGGGCAGCUUCCCAAUCCUUUACUGGAGAAAUGACCGAUUGGAUGAAGGAGACACCAUUACAUACAGCGAUGGUUACUUAACAGUCCCGGAAGAGGGGGAUUAUUUUGUGUACGCUCAGGUCACUUUCUUCUGUCCUGAUGGCAGGUGUGAAGACAUGAAGAAUUGCAUGCCAAAUCGGAAAGACAAGACCUCCGUCACCCAGUUCAUUUCCAAAAUCAGUCCCUACUAUGGAAGCAUACCCCAAUUGCAACUGACUACCAGCACUUCCAUCGGUGAGAAAGAAAAGUGGAAGAAAACACUCUACCUGGGAGGUAUCCUCGAUUUAAGGAAAAACGACAAACUCAUGGUUAAUGUUAGUAACCCCAUGCUUGUGGACAUCAGUUCACCUGCAAUGACCUUCUUUGGUGCUUUUUUAAUCUAGCAAUGGAUAAGACUUCCUGAAGCUCAUUCACACUACAGAAGUCGAGUAGUAUGAUUCCACUUUAGCUGCCCUGGCUUUAGUUUGUUUGUUUGUUUUUAGUUGGUGAGGCACUAGAACUUUCUAUGCUACAAAUUCCCAGGAUUCCAUAGCAUGAAACCUCGGCAAUUCAAAUUAUUAUUAUUAUUAUUAUUAUUAUUAUUAUUAUUAUUAUUACUAUUUGUCAUGGAUGUGGCUCACAAAUGUAACUUUGAAAAAGGAAACUGAGGGCCUGAUUCUGGCAGGCCAAGAAAAAGCCAUUCGAACCAAUGCCAUCAAAGCCAGGAUUGAAAAGUCAGCAACAGAUCCCAAAUGUAGACUCUGCAAGGAAGGAGAUGAAACAAUAGAUCACAUCCUCAGCUGCUGCAAGAAGAUCGCACAGACUACAAGCAGAGGCAUA